CCCUACAAGUGCCCCGACUGCGGGAGGUCCUUCAGGAAGAGAUGCAACCUUGUCCAUCACCAGCAGACCCACACCAGAGAGGGACCCUGUAAGUGUGAGGAGUGCGGAAAGGCUUUUAAACAUAGCUCCAGCCUGAUGAGACACCAGUUGACCCACAGCGGUGAGAAGCCAUACGAGUGUGAGGAGUGCGGAAAGGGCUUUGUGCAGAGCUCCAGCCUGAUCAGGCACCAGCGGACCCACAGCAGUGAGCGGCCCUACAGGUGUGCAGAGUGCGGGAAGAGCUUUGCGUACAGCUCAAGCCUUUUCAAUCACCAGCGGACCCAUAGCGGUGAGCGUCCCUACAAGUGUGGGGUGUGCGGGAAGGGCUUUGUGCAGAAGUCAACCCUGAUGACUCACCAGCGGACCCACACCGGUGAGCGGCCCUACAAGUGUGGGGAAUGCGGGAAAGCCUUUCGGGGAAAACCGAACCUUAUCCAGCACCUGCAGACCCACACCGGUGAACGGCCGCACAAGUGUGAGGAGUGCGGGAAGGCCUAUGGGUACAGCUCCAGCCUGAUCCAGCACCUACGGACCCACACCGGUGAGCGGCCCCACAAGUGUGAGGAGUGCGGGAAGGCCUAUGGGUACAGCUCCAGCCUGAUCCAGCACCUACGGACCCACACUGGUAAGCGGCCCUACAAGUGUGGGGAGUGCGGGAACGCCUUCAAAUAUGUCUCCAACCUCGUCAAUCACCAGCUCAUCCACACCGGCGAUCGGCCCUACAAGUGUGGGGAGUGCGGGAAGAGCUUUGAGCAGAGCUCCACCCUGAUCAAACACCAAUGGACCCACAGCGGUGAGUUGCCCUACAAAUGUGAGGAGUGCGGGAAA